UCCUCCCGCGGAGCUUGAGAAAUCGCGAGGGGGAACAGGAGGAGGAGGAAGGCUGAGCUCGCCGCCGCCGCCGGAGGAGGAGGAGGAGGAGGAGGAAGAAGAAGAAGAAGCGUGAGCCUCACGUCCCUCUUCGCCGGGAGAACUGGAUCGCCGGAGAAGCAGCAGCAGCAGCAGGGGCCGCUCGGGGCCGCGAUGGAGUCGGCGUCCUCCACCACCUCGUCCACCCCCAGCAGCAGCGGCGGCGGCGGUACCGGCACCGGCAGCGGCGCCAAAGCCAAGAAGACCAACGCGGGCAUCCGACGGCCGGAGAAGCCGCCCUACUCCUACAUCGCCCUGAUCGUCAUGGCCAUCCAGAGCUCGCCGUCCAAGCGGCUGACGCUGAGCGAGAUCUACCAGUUCCUGCAGAGCCGCUUCCCCUUCUUCCGCGGCUCCUACCAGGGCUGGAAGAACUCGGUGCGCCACAACCUCUCGCUCAACGAGUGCUUCAUCAAGCUGCCCAAGGGCCUGGGCCGGCCGGGCAAGGGCCACUACUGGACCAUCGACCCGGCCAGCGAGUUCAUGUUUGAGGAGGGCUCCUUCCGACGGAGGCCCCGCGGCUUCAGGCGGAAAUGCCAGGCCCUCAAGCCCAUGUACAACAUGAUGAACUUGAACUUCAACCACCUCCAGGACAGCUACGGCUUCCAGGGCUCCGCUUGCCCGCCCAACAGCCUCCCUUUAGACGGGGGCGCCCUGGGCAUGAUGGGCGUCGAGGGCAUGGGGCUGGCCGGCCACUCCGUGCCCCACCUCCCCUCCAACGGCGCCCACCACGCCUACAUGGGGAGCUGCGGCGGCGGCGGGGCCGGAGGAGGCUCCGCCGGAGGGGACUACGGCCAUCACGACGGCUCCGUGCCGGCCUCGCCUCUGCUCCCCGGCGGAGGAGUGAUGGAGCCCCACUCGGUCUAUUCCAGCACCGCCCCGUCGGCUUGGGCGCCUUCGGCCCCUCCUGGCUUGAACAGCGGCGCGUCCUACAUCAAACAGCAGCCUCUGUCUCCCUGCAACGCGGCAGGCAACCCGCUUCCGUCGGGCCUGUCCACACACUCGCUGGAGCAGCCUUACAUGCCCCAGAACAGCCACAACCCGGCCGAACUGCAAGGGAUCCGGUACCAUUCCCAGUCUCCGAGCAUGUGUGACAGGAAAGAAUUUGUCUUCUCCAUCAACGCCAUGGCGUCAUCUUCGAUGCAUUCGGGCGGGGGAGGCGCAUACUACCACCAGCAAGUUACAUACCAAGACAUCAAGCCUUGUGUGAUGUGACCGUAGGGCUGGGAAGCCCAGCUCUCUUGGGGGGCAGCCAAACCAGUGACCCAAAUGAAAACUGUGCAGGGUGAUGAGACUUCUAGCCCCUUUGGGAGGACCUCCCCAGAAGCGAUCCGGGUUAUUGCUCAUGAGGUAUAUCUUACAAAUA